GACGGUGCUUUGUUUGCUCAAUUAAAAAGUUUUGGUGAAAAAAUGAAAUUGAAAUUAUUUGUUUUGUUUUGUGUUGUCGGAGUCAUUUCUGCUCGCAUAAGUUUACGUUCUGAAAUUGGAUACCCACCGCUAUCAUCACGUAUUGUUGGCGGCACCAAUGCCACGGACGGUCAGGCUCCAUAUCAAUGCUCAAUGCAGCAAAAUGGACGGCAUUUUUGUGGAUGCGUCAUCGUCGGCGAUCAAUGGAUCCUAAGUGCAGCCCAUUGUCUCGCCAUUGGAAUACAAGGCGUACAAAUUUUGGCCGGGACCAAUGAUUUAAAAUCGGGCGGAAUUCGUUACACACCGGAAAAGUAUAUAAUUCAUGAAAAAUAUAAUCAACCAAGUUUUGCUAAUGAUAUCGGGUUAAUUAAAGUAAACAAGAUUGAUUUUAAUGAAAAAGUGCAGCCGAUCAAAUACACAUCGAAUUUUGUAGACGCUGGAACCGUUCUUCAGGCAACUGGUUGGGGUCGAUUGUCUGCUUGGGGUGAUGCACCACAACUUUUGCAAGUUAUAAAAUUGACAGCGAUUUCCGAUGACGAAUGCGAAGCAAUUCAUGGUGACAUCGUUGCUCCCAGCCACUUGUGUACAUACACGAAAGUAGGAGAGGGUGUUUGUAGCGGUGAUUCAGGCGGACCGCUGGUUCUUGAGGAUGAAGUAGUCGGCUUGGCAAAUUGGGCUGUGUUAUGUGCUCGAGGCUAUCCUGAUGGAUUUGCUCGUAUUUCAUACUUGUAUGAUUGGAUCCAGAAAAAUAUUGCAACAUCGUAAGAGAAUUUGAUGAAAACCUUUCGAUACGCAUAUAGAUAUGAGAUGUUUCCACCAAAAAUGAAUAAAUUCAAUAUAUAUUACUUAUGAAA